AUGGCCGAUACCUUCUCUCAAGCAUUGUCCGCAGUGACAGAUGCUUUAUCAAAUCCUCCAUCUCCCGAGAACAUCAAAAUGGAGACGGCAAUGCAGCUGUUGGGGGCCAUGGAUAAACUCCGUGCUAUGCUUGAGCCCCCCAACCUCGCUGUCGUCAAGCUUUGCACUGCUCCAUACGCACUCAGCUGCACACGAGUCGCUCAGGGAAUGGGUAUUUUCAAUGCGUUCCUUGGCGCGGAUGGCAGCAAGGAUAUGACGUUAGAGGAGCUUGACGGAAAAACCAAAGGCGAUAAGGAGCUCUUAUUCCGUGUGAUGCGCCACCUUUCUGCGUUGGAUAUGUUCACCAAAGUGAAGGGCGAUAAAUACCGGCCUUCAGCAUUCGCAUUACAACUAGCAGAUGGUUCGCCUGUCGGUGACUGCGUCAAACAUUUCUAUCUUAAUAUGAGAGCUACCAGUUUCUUGAACGAAUACUUCGAAGAGAGAGGGUACGCCAAUCCCAGUGAUGCUUAUGACGCUCCAUUUCAAUAUGCACAUGGAACAAAGGAGCACUUCUUCCAGUGGUUAGGUCAUAACCCAGCAGACCAAGAGGCUUUUAACUCGGUGAUGACAAUGAAUCGCCAAAUGGGCGAGACCCAGUGGUUUGACAUCUUUCCAGUUGAAGAAAGGCUUCAGGUAUCCGCUGACAGGGCUCUCAUUGUUGACAUUGGAGGUGGAAUUGGUCAUGAUAUGGUACAACUUAAAGAAAAGUUUCCCUUUCUUUCUGGGAAGUAUGUGGUCCAGGACCUUCCAGGCGUGAUUGAUGAUAUAAAAACUCCACUACCUGAAGGGAUCAAUGCUAUGACACACAAUAUGUUUGAACCGCAGCCAGUCAAGGGUGCUAAAGCUUAUUACAUGCGGACCGUCUUGCAUGACUGGCCUGAUAAGCAAGCAAUCGAAGCUUUGGCAAGGAUCCGGGAAGCGAUGGUUGAGGAUUCCAUUUUACUCAUUAAUGAGUUCAAUAUGUCUGAAUCAGAUGUUUCGAGGAUUUCCACGGCCAUUGACCAGGACAUGAUGGAAGCGUUUUCUUCGCUGGACAGAACGGAGAAGCAGUGGAUCUCCCUCCUUGAAAGAGGUGGAUUUGAAGUUGUCAAAAUCUGGAGGUCUGAGAAUAAUCCAGGUGUUGCAAAGGCCCUAUACGAGGCUGUACCAAAUAUAUAG